AUGGCGCUCCGGACCAAAUCAUUCGUUUCCCUCCCUACCUCCUUCCUCCUCCUUGCUGCUAUAACCCUCUUGAACCUCCCUUUCGCUCUUUCAGCAGGCCUUCAACUUUGGGAUGCUUCUCCACGCGCCGCCUUUGUCGCCCUUGUCUCAGAGAACCAACUUGAGCAGAUGGUCGCCUCUGUUGGACAACUAGAGCACCGUUUCAACGGCAAGUACCGCUACGACUGGGUCUUUUUCAGCCACGAGGAGCUCAGCGAGAAGUUCAAGGAGGCUACAUCCAACGCGACCGGCGGUACUGUCACCUACAAUGUCAUCCCCAAGCAGCACUGGUCCAUCCCUGCCUGGGUCGACUCUGUGGGCGCCAAUAAAGCUGACGUCUGGACCACCCACCACAAGCGACGCUGGUCGGCUGGUCUCUUCGCUCGCGAGAAGCGUCUUGAUGCCUAUGACUGGUUCUGGAUGGUUGAACCUGGAACCCAGUUCAUGUGCGACAUCAACGUCGACGUCUUCCGCUUGAUGAGAGAUCGCGACAUCGCCUACGGAGUCAACGAAGUCAUGUUCGAAGACACCUCGGAGCCCGAAUCCCUCUUCCAGAGCACCAAGACCUUCAUGAACGAGCACCCCGAGAUGGUCCAGCCCCAGGCCGACAUCAGCUGGAUCCUUGGCCACGACGGCACGCUCGGCACUCCAACCAUCAACGCCAGAUUCGAUGAAUUCGACGAUAGCUUCUUCGAAUACCAAGGCUGCAACACCAGCCAGAUGAUCAAGGGCGGCUUUCACCCCGGCAUUCCCCAAGAGGCUGACCCUCAGCAGUGCGAACCGAACACGGUUGCCGAUGCCUACACCACCCGUCUUGCUGCGGACUACAACCAGUGCACCGUCGACGCCCCCAUCGAGAUUGGCAACCUCAAGUACUUCCGAGGCCCGGAGCACAAGUCGUACUUCGAGCAUCUUGACAACGCCGGUGACUUCUACUACAACACCGUCAGCAACGUGCCUGUCCACUCGUUGAGUGCCACCAUGUUCCUCCCAAGAGACAAGUUCUGGCUGCUCGGCGAUAUGGUCUGCGAGAUGCACGGCCUACACAGCUGCCCGCCCAUGCCGCGCCAGACCUUUACAACCGACGCGCUUCAGGAUCAACCUGCCAUAGCUGACGUUCUCGGCAGCACCAUGAUGAGUCUUCCUGAGAACUUCAGCGGUGUCCGAGAAGAGCUUCACGGCCGAUGGGAGAACUUCGUCGAGGACUUCGAUCGCCAAGACAAGAUGCCGCACUCCCUGACGGGCUGCACCUGCACCGAGGAACGUACCUUCAAGAACGAGCAGUGGUACAUGGAGAUCUGGGUUCAGUCCCCUUCCGGCCGCGACAUGUGCCGCAUUGGCGAGCUCACCUUCGGGCUCCGCGACUAUUGUGCCGCGAUGCCCCAGGAGCAUGAGCUUUCCAUGGAGAUUCCUGUCACCCGCUGGAUCGAACGCAUGAUCCGCUGA